GACUCCAUGCACCACGUUCCUCCGUGCCGUGCACGGACGAAUGAAACGGCUCUGUGUACCGACCGAUGGCGGCGUUUGUGCGGUGUGCCGUAGAGGUCAGCGAUGUCUCCGAAACUGCUGCCCCGACGGGCUCAGAGUGACCAAACACCAACGCUUGCAGCUUUGCACUGCAGAGUGAGCAAUGAUUCUGCGCCCGUGUGUUUCGAUGGCCGGCGCCCUCCUGUCGGUGGGCUGCAGCGGUAUCGUCUUGGGCGCCCGGAAACCGCUGUCGACGUCCCGAGUGCGGCUGUUCUUCGGUCGGCGAAAGCCCCCGCGUCAGGGGGCGGCAUUGGCGCUGCGCGAGAGCCUGUUCCGGAGCGAGGACGCGCGUAACCGCCAGGGCUUCGUCGAGGUCAUCGAGCGCUUCAAACUGGGCAACGAGAACCGCCGAGGUCACGUCGAGUUCAUCAACGUGGCCACGCGGUUCGUCACCGAGUUCCACGUCGAGAGGGACCUGGAGGUGUACAAGAUGUUGUUUGAUCUGUUCCCCAAGGGGAAGUACACGCCGCGGAGCCUGGUGCAGGCCGAGUUCUUCCACUUUCCCUACCACCAACACUGCGGCGUGCGCCUUUUGGACACUAUGGAGUCGCACGCAGACGUGCAGAUAAAUUCGAGCUUCUUCCAAGAACCUUCGUAUCAGAGAAUUGUGGUCCACACCAACAUGCGGCAAUAUGUGACACAAGAUGUGCGUGUGCUGCCCGACCGGGAGAUGCGGCAGAUGGUGCUAGACACGUUUGGCUUCCACAGUGAGGUGUUCAAGAAGCUUGCCCGCAUGAUGUACUGGAUGCCCAAGUUCAAGCACAUGAGCCCCUUCCCGCUGCCCAACCCUGUGCCUCGGGACCCCUAUGAGCUGGCCCAGCUGGCCAUCAGGCGCAUGUGCGUCGACAUUCAGAGCAUCAUUACCGUGCACAGGGCAAAAGAUGAAGUGCCCGAUGCAGUGGACGACACAUGGGUCGUGAGUGGCCAGUCACCACAACAGCAGGAACUCAUCGAGCUACAUCCGACAGACAAGCCAAUCCGCAUUGAAGGCCCAUUCUCUAUAUAUCUCCGCAGUAGCGCCAUCUCCUACUUCCUGUUGCGAGCCGAGCCAACACCAAUCCGAGUGGUUGAGAUAGACUCUGAUGAUGUGUCCAACAUCCCCGUCACUGUCCUUGAUGAGAAGCCGGAUCUGCUGAAACCUUCCACAGUGCACGAGCAGACAGAUGGGAUUAUCCUUGCCAUGGCUGCCACGGGCACUUCAACGAGGGACUCUCUCCUCUCCUGGCUCAGGAUACUGCAGCUUCAGAACCCCAAACUCAGCGAUAUUCCAGUGGUUUUUAUGUUGAAGGCGCCGAGCAAGUCGCUGGUGACUGCGAAUCAUCCGCAGGAAGAGUUCGAAAGCAUUGCCGAGGAUGAAAACUCAACCGACAAUGAGUGCAAGGCAAAUGUGUCUGAUACAUCGGCACGAAGCUAUGAAGCUAAUGAGGCGGACAAGACGGGAUGGCGCCACGUGUAGUGUACAUAAAAGACAGUAAUAAAUUUGCUUGUUAAAGUUGCCAUUCA